CCCCCCCCCCCCCAACCCUCUUCUUUCAGGCAGCUGAUAUAUACAUAGACAUGCAUACAAAAACCUUCAUGGAAAUGGGCCUUUUCACAAGCUAGCUAACCGUAUAAAUAGAUACAUACACAUAUAUAUACGUAUAGAUACACUUGUGUACAUUUCUCUCUUGGUGUAAAAUGGAGGGUAGAUUUGAUCAUGGUCAUGAGGAUGAUUAUUCCACUGCUACUACCACUACUGCUCCAGAAAACACAGCUGAUUCUCCACUGUCCGAUGAGCCAGCUGAUGAAGCUUACGCACCUUCCCCCAAGAAAAGUAGAAGGGGCGCACACAAGAAAGUCGUGGCGGUGCCGAUCGGCGACGGCGACGGCGGCCGUAGUAAAACCGAGGUGUAUCCGCCGCCAGAUUCUUGGUCGUGGCGGAAGUACGGUCAAAAGCCGAUUAAGGGCUCUCCUUAUCCCAGGGGAUAUUACAGGUGCAGCAGCUCAAAAGGUUGCCCUGCUAGAAAACAAGUAGAGAGGAGCCGCCUUGACCCCACCACCCUCCUCAUCACCUACUCUUGUGACCACAACCACCCUCUCCCCACCACCACCUCCAAGAACCACCAUGGCAGCUCCAACAGCUGCAAAGUCCCCUUUCCUCCGGAGGAAUGCGCCGCCUUCACCAAUCAGCCAGACAUUGAGCCGGCCGACAACGGCUUCACGGAGUUGGCGGGCGAGUUCGGAUGGCUCUGCAAUGUGGGGUCCACAAUGAUGGAUGGGACGAUGUUGGUGGGGCCAGCAUGGGCCCACGCCGACGUGGAGGCGUUCAUGCCGAUCGGGGAAGAGGACAAGAUCCUGUUCGGCGAUCUCGGGGACUUGCCGGAGUCGUCGGUGGUGUUCCGACAGUGCAGGGUGGAGACAUCUUGCUGCGGCGGCACGGGAUAG